CUAGGUGUCGCUAAAGCGCUGCAGUUCUGAAAUGGGAACUUCGGAAUAGGAACUGAAAAGACAGGCGAUCCCGUCCUCUGUUCCCACCCGUCAACAAAUAAUGAUGCACACAGUGGGGGAAUGAAGCCGAAGGGACUGAGAGUAAACUGCAGCCACAAUUUCCGGUAAUGAUUUCCUGGUGCCACAUGAAGGGUCUGGUUACUGUGUGCUGGGCAGAGCUGCUAAUUAAAGCAUGAAGGAAUCAAACGUGAGGCUCCUCUGCUAAUUAAUGCUUGCUUCAUAGUGAGGGUCACAGGGAUUAGCCACUUUGGCCAUUCCAGCUGUUUGGCUUAGUGGCCACAAUACACCAAACCACGUGCUAAUUGUUAUUUUAUUGCUUUUUACUAUAGAGAUAUGUCAUGUUACCCCCUGGCUGGGUUUUCCAUGGCUCAGUGUGGAGUAUAGGGUUGCCAUAAUCCAUGGUGCCCUGGACACUCACAAUUGUCAUGUAGAUGGGCAGCACAGGAAAAGUGCUACCCUGUAACUUUGGGAUCAUAAUGCUUUAAUUACAAGUGCUGCCCUAUAGUGUGUAAAAGUGCUGGCUAUACUGAAGGAUUCCUGAGGGCUUAAAGGGACAGUCUACGGACUAUAAUUUAAUACAACUUGCUGUAGUGGUUAUGGUGCCAGGAGAUACUGGUACCGACCCAAAAUGGAUUUUGGGGAGGAAAAAAUCCCCAAUUUUGCCAAUUUGGCCACUUUGUGGAAAUACCUUUUUUAAAUCCACUGCAAUUCAUGGUUUAGGUAAUAAAACCCCUGCACUUUGUAGUUUCCUCAGUGCAGAGCCAGAUUAUAUAUUGAUAUAUUUAACAUGUCUGUAUUUAAAAUAACAAUGUGGGAAAUAAGGUUCCUACCCUGUGCCCAUUCUGGUUCACAUACUGGUAAUGUUAGUAUAAAAAUGACAGAAUUCCCCGAACUUAAUAAAUAGUAACACACUUAAAGGGACACUAUAGGCACCCAGACUAGUCAUUUCAAUGAAGAGGUCUGGGUGCCAUGUCCAUCACAUUUAUUUAUUUAUAAAAUAUUUUACCAGGAAGGACACACUGAGAUUUAUCUCGGUUUUAAGUAUGUCCUUAAAGGGACACUCCAGACACCCAGACCACUCCAAUGGGCAGCCAAUGCCAACUCCCAUCAUCCUUAACCCUGCAAGUGUAGUUCUUAUAAACUGCAAUAAUUACCUUGCAGGGUUAAGUCCUCCUCUAGUGGCUAUCGGACCGCCACUAGAGGGACUUUCGGGUUCUUUUGCUGGAAUCCCCAUAGGAAAGCACUGAAUAAUGCUUUCCUGUGGGGAGGUCUAGAACGCGCGCAGCUGAUGCCAGUGGGGGGAGGAGUGUGUUCUCUUUAAACUUUAGUUUGUUCUUCAUUUCUCCUGUUCUAAAAUGUUACUUUCACUAUAACAUUAAUUCCUCUUUAUCUGUUUCUCCCCUAGGAUCCUCCUCUUCUACCACAGGUUCCCAUAUUGCGCCUCCCACGUGCACCAUCUCCCAAUGGCCGUGGUUUUGAUCCCUCUUCACCCCGUGCUCUGGCCCUGUGUCCUCCAGUAACGCACCAAAAAGCCCGCUCUACCCUCCGCCAACACUUUCUCCGUAGUCUCCUGGCAUCUGCUGGACUCCCGGUUACCUUCACCCUGUACCAGCGUGUCACCGUCAGUGCUGGACGCUUUAAUGCUUGUGACAUGGAGGCAAACAACUUUCAGGUGUCCGACCUACAGACACCUCUUGGAGUGGAAAAAGAAGCACUGAUUCGAGGCCAAGAUAUCAUAUCCUACUCCUUCCAUCUCUGACACAAUGCUUCUACUCCAAAAAUGACUUGUGAAUUGGAACUGUGAAGGCUUGCUUGUGUGUUAUGUACUAGUAUUGGUAGGUUAAGUAAUCACAGCUGGCAUGUUAUAAUGACGGCAUACUAUUGAAUUGUAUUAAGUGACACCUAGAACGGGAAUCAUGGGACUGUUAACAUGUGGAUACUCUGUGUGCCUUACCGGUAGGGAUAUAUACUAAACGUGCAGGGUUAUGCUCUAAAGUGAGAAUUGCUAGAAUUUCCACAUGAAUUUAACAUUUUGGGCAAAAACUGCAGAAAAUUAAAACAUAGCUACAUUGGAGAAUUUGUCCAGUUCAACUACUGUCAGCCAACUUGAGAAAUUCACUUAGAAUUCUCGACAAUUCACAGUUUGGUGAAUAACCCCGUGUGAGGUGUUAAGAAAUCAAAUCAAAUUUUGAAAUUCCCUGGUGAAAUCCCAACAAGUCACGGUUUACUGAAUAAUCCUGAUUGUGGUAUUAGGUCAACCAUACUAUAUAUGUUUUUUUUUCUUGUUUUAUUAUUAUUAUGGUCUGAUGGGCAAAUCUAACAUAAUUCUCAAUUUAUGUUUGUGUUUUUUAUCCAAAGUAGUUGUCUUGAUCUUUACUAUUGUUUAAGGAUGGAUCUUGAUGUUAUAAAGCUAUAUUGUUAUACCAAAUAACCCUGCUGCGUCCUCAAAUGGUCUCCACUGCCGUAGGUAGUAACACUGAUCUGACAAUUCUGCAUUCAUGCAGAUUUCUGUUAUACAACUUGUAGAUGAGAUUUAUCCAAGUGCAGCUCUCCGCCUCCGAUCCUCCCUUUCGGCUGAAUGCGCGCGCAUUCAGUCGGUCUCAUAGGAAAGCAUUUACAAUGCUUUCCUAUGGACGCUUGCGUGUUCUCACUGUGAUUUUCACAGUGAGAAUCACGCAAGCGCCUCUAGCGGCUGUCAAUGAGACAGCCACUAGAGGAUUUGGAGGCUGGAUUAACCCAUUUAUAAACAUAGCAGUUUAUCUGAAACUGCUAUGUUUAUUUAAAAAAAAAAAAGGGGUGUUAACCCUAGCUGAAGGUGUCUGGGUGCCUAGAGUGGUCCUUUAACACAAAUUUCAACGUUUACAGACGUGUUUACUAAGGUGAGAGUUGAAAGUGUAGUUUAAAUUUAAAGGUACACUAUAAACAUCCAGACCACUUUGAUCUUAAAAUUGAAAUUCACUUUGAUUUCCUUCUUUAGUGAAUAAGCCUGUUGGGCAAAGAUUGUUGAUUUGAAUAAAUUCUCCAAUCUGGCUAUAGUCACAGCUGACUUUGGCAGUUUAUUCACAACAUUACAGUUUCUAGUGAAUAAAACCAUUUCCCCAUUCAUACGUUGUUUUUAGCUCAUCAUUUCACAAAUAUGUCCAUUCACCCUGAGAAGCUGGUCUUACUCCCCUUAGAAUUCACCAACUGACUCUGAAAAUAGACCCUUUAAUCUCUUGUUUCAUUUAACCUGAGAUCCAAGACAUGUGUCUGUUCAGUAUGGUAAUCUGCUUGUCCAUCAUGAGAAUUUGUCCAUUCUCAGAAAUUGUGAGAAUUUACAGGUGUAGGCAUCAUUCGUCACUCCAGAUGUUCUGAACUACAUCUCCCUUGAUGCUUUGCCAAUGGUUGAUUACACUUUAUCUACACAUUAACUUUGGGUAUGGACCCCUUCACCUUGAGCCUGCAUACAUUGAGUUGUAUUAAAUUUGGACAGAAGGGGGCAGUCUCAUAAUAAGCAUAUCACAAUGUGUCUUCCUAGUGAUCCGCAUCAGCCUGAAAGCCAUGAUAUUUGAGUUGCUGUAUUACUCUGGUAGUAUAGAUACAAAAUAAUGAAGUAUUUCUUUUUUGUAAUACUUUUUUUUUUUUAUUGGAAUAACAAUGAAUUAAGUAUUAAAAUAAACUGCAAUUCUUGACUAUCUGGCAUCAUCGGUUUGCAAAGAAGUAUGUUAGCCUAGGUAGCAUGCGUUCUAUAAAGAAUAAAGAAACGGGUUGCGCCAAAACAACAAUAAAAUAAGGGUACUUUAAAUAGUAAAGUAUCACAGAUUAAUAGUAAC